CGCGCCUCGCAUUGCAGCGCGCUCCGCGGAACCGACGCGGAGCCAGACAAGCUCGAGCCUGCGUGUCGGUGGCUUUAUCCGUAAGAAUGACGUCCUCGUGCCCGAGAUGCGAAAAGCCGGUGUUUUUCGCGGAGAAGGUGAGCUCUCUGGGGAAGAACUGGCAUCGCUUCUGUCUGAAAUGUGAACGCUGUAACAAGAUUCUUUCUCCUGGAGGCCACGCAGAGCACAAUGGAUUACCCUACUGUCACAAGCCCUGCUACGGAACCCUGUUUGGACCAAAAGGCGUGAACAUUGGUGGGGCGGGGUCUUAUAUUUAUGACAUGCCUCCUCAGAUGCCAGUCAACAAAUCACCUAACAGUGCUUCAGAUGGCUCACCCACCACACCAUGGACCAACUCAAUCACUGAGCACCAUCAAACCAAAGUGCUGGCUGCCACGCCACGGGUGUUUGCUGGAGAGAGGUCUGUGUGCCCCGGCUGUGAGAAGGUGGUGUACUUUGCUGAGAAAGUGAUGUCAUUGGGUCGUAACUGGCACAGGCCAUGUCUGCGUUGUGAGAGAUGCAAGAAAACAUUGACCUCUGGUGGCCAUGCUGAGCAUGAAGGCAGGCCAUAUUGUCAUGUGCCCUGCUACGGGUACCUAUUUGGGCCAAAAGGUGUGAACAUUGGCGAGGUGGGCUGUUAUAACUAUGACAAAGACGACAGAGAUGGUGAGAUUCCCAGUGAAAAUUAACCGCACUUCAGUAAUCCACAAAUGGGAACGCAUUCUGUUUUGUCCAUGUUACAGAAAUGCUUUUGUAUGUAUUUUAUUAAUAUUACACUAUGAAUAAAAAUAAAUAAAUGUU